AUGGCUGCCACGCCAAGUCCUAAGAAAAGAGAGCUGAGUGAAGAUGUGGUUGGCAAAGUUACAGUCCUGAGGUCGCAGCCACCAACGAAAAAAGAGUGCUCUUUGAAAAAUGCUGCUGAUGAAGAAGGAGUGAAAAAGAAUACAAAACCAAAAAAGAAAGCUAAGAGCACCCAGGAAUCGGAAGACAAGAAGGGGCCAAAAGAUGAGGAGGAACUCCCCAGAAAGAAGAGGCCUAUCAACAAGGCAGAGGAGAGGAUAAAGAAUAAAAGGACAGUGUUUGUGAGUAACCUGCCUGUCAGCUGCACCAAAAAGCAUGACCACAAGAGGUCCAUUUUUGUGGGGAAUCUCACAUAUGACAUUAAAGAGGAGGAGUUGUGGGGGCAUUUUCAAGACUGUGGAGAGGUAGAGGGGGUGCGACUGGUGAGAGACCGGGACACUGGCAUGGGGAAAGGAUUUGGCUACGUGCUCUUUGAGAGUACAGAUGCUGCCCAGCUUGCACUGAAGCUUGAUAACUCUGUGCUCAUGGGAAGAAAAAUAAGAGUGAAGCGCUCUGUGAAGAAAGAGAAGGAAAGCCAAAACCAGCACAAAAGAUGAAAGGACUAG